GGCCAACCAGGUUCUCGAAGACCAGAGCCAGAUCGAGUCUGGUCCUCUCGGCACCUUCGUCGGCAUCUACGACGGUCACGGAGGACCCGACGCCUCAAGAUACGUUUGCGAUCACUUGUUUCGCCAUUUUCAAGGUUCUUCAUUCGGAAGCUCCACUUUAUACCCACAGUUUCGUUUCUCUGUUUUUUUAUUUAUUUAUAUGUUUACUUUCACGGUUGUUGUAGUGUGGAUUUAAUGUUGCCACGUUUUCAGCUUGAUCGUUUCCUCAUGAAUUACGAGUAGCAGUAGUAGUAGUAACUGUUACCAGUUGUUUUCAUGAAUUCGCUUUUCUCGUGAACUUUUUUUAAAAGUACUUUUUAUACUUUUAUUUUUCUCAUCGGUCUUUUGAUGGAGUCUGAGAUUUCACCGGGAAGUACACAGUUCAACAUGCAGUAUGAUACUGUUUAGAAGCUUUUUUUUCUUUUAAUGGUUUGUGUUCGUUUUUAAUUAUGAAUCGAUUUUAAUUGGUGAAUUGUGUGUAACUUUUUAUUGACUUUCCUCUAAUGAAACGAAUUCGGGAUUCCUUGGCACAUAAUGUUGUAAUUAGUAAAGUGUUUUGGUCUCUUGACUUUUUUUGUGUUGAAGACCCGUGAUUUUGAUGUGGAGCAUUCUAACUUCAAUCUUGGUUCCUUCAUGGGAUUUCUUGUCUGUGCAGCAAUAUCGGCUGAGUCACGCGGGGUUGUGACACCUGAGACAAUCGAAAGAGCGUUUCGCCAAACAGAAGAGGGGUACACAGCCCUCGUGUCAGGCUCAUGGAAUGCUCGACCUCAAAUUGUAAGUGCUGGGACCUGUUGUCUAGUUGGAGUGAUAUUUCAGCAGACACUCUUUGUGGCAAACGCUGGAGAUUCCCGUGUUGUAUUGGGCAAGAAAGUUGGUAACACUGGAGGUAUGGCUGCAAUUCAGCUGUCUGCAGAACACAAUGCAAAUCUUGAGGCUGUUAGACAGGAACUUAAAGAAUUACACCCACAUGAUCCCCAAAUUGUUGUCCUCAAACACGGAGUGUGGAGAGUAAAAGGCAUUAUUCAGGUUUCUAGAUCUAUAGGUGACGUAUAUUUGAAACAUGCACAGUUUAACCGGGAACCACUUAAUGCAAAAUUCAGACUUCCUGAACCAAUGAACAUGCCCAUCUUGAGUGCUAAUCCCACUAUUCUUUCUCAUCCUCUCCAACCAAAUGAUUCCUUCCUUAUAUUCGCAUCUGAUGGUUUAUGGGAGCACUUGAGUAAUGAGAAAGCCGUGGAUAUUGUAAACAGCAAUCCACAUGCGGGUAGUGCCAAGAGACUUAUCAAGGCUGCUCUACACGAAGCAGCAAGAAAACGAGAAAUGCGAUAUUCAGACCUCCGUAAGAUUGACAAGAAGGUUCGACGCCAUUUUCAUGAUGAUAUAUCCGUUAUUGUUUUAUUCUUAAAUCACGACCUUAUUUCCAGAGGCACAGUGCUAGACCCGGCACUUUCAAUUCGAAGUGCUCUCGAUCACUGACUUGUAUCAUUGUAAGCAGUCUUGUACCGAUACCUGAAGCAUACGCCAUUGGUUUGCUAGGUACCUGGCUACAAUAUGCCAUUCUUGAGGCACGAUAAUUUAUUAAGUUAUAACAUAUUAUUUGAAUUUUAUUCGUGAAGAGGUAAAAAAUAAAUACAAAAACAUCUUUUAUUCC